AUGUCGCAUACGCAGCCCUCCCCUACCGCCGGUGUGGCUCAACACCACGCUGCCGCCAUGGCCGCCCAUGCCCAGGCCAAUGGCCACAUGCCUCCUGCCGCGAUUCCCGCUCAAGGCCAAAAGGGAGUUUCUCUCACUACGGCUCAAAAGAUCGCCGCUCUGAAUGAGCAAGUGUGGCUCCAAAUUGGCAGCUUGACCGAGUUGAUGGGUGAUCUGGAUGGCGCAAUGAACGCGUACGAACAAGCUCUGCGCCACAAUCAAUGGUCCAUCCCCGCCAUGAACGCCAUCUCGUGCAUCUUGCGUACCAAGGAACAGUUCCCCAAGGCCAUCGAAUACCUCCAGAAUAUCUUGAAGCUGGACCCCACCAGCGGCGAGACCUGGGGCAGCUUGGGUCACUGUCACUUGAUGAUGGAUAACUUGCAAGAGGCCUACACCUCCUACCAGCAGGCUCUGUACCACCUGCGCGACCCCAAGGAACCUAAGCUGUGGUACGGUAUUGGUAUCCUGUACGAUCGCUAUGGAUCCCUGGACCACGCCGAAGAGGCCUUUUCUCAGGUCAUGCGCAUGGCGCCCGAGUUUGAGAAGGCCAACGAGAUUUACUUCCGUCUCGGCAUAAUAUACAAGCAACAGCAGAAGUUCAACCAAAGUCUUGAUUGCUUCAAGUAUAUUGUCAACGACCCACCUCGUCCCCUCACCGAGGAGGACAUCUGGUUCCAGGUCGGCCACGUCCACGAGCAGCAGAAGGAUUUCGAUUCUGCCCAAGCUGCUUAUCGGCGCGUUCUGGAACGUGACCCCAACCAUGCCAAGGUUCUUCAGCAGCUUGGAUGGCUUUACCACCAGCAGAGCAACAGCUAUGCGAGUCAAGAAAAGGCCAUUGAGUACCUGGAGAAGUCUGUCAGUGCUGACAACAACGACGCUCAAAGCUGGUACCUGCUCGGUCGCUGCUACAUGUCUCAGGCUAAGUACCCAAAGGCAUAUGAAGCCUACCAGCAGGCCGUCUACCGCGAUGGUCGCAACCCCACCUUCUGGUGCUCGAUUGGUGUCCUCUACUACCAGAUCAAUCAGUACCGUGAUGCCCUUGAUGCUUACUCUCGUGCCAUUCGCUUGAACCCAUACAUCUCCGAGGUCUGGUAUGAUCUGGGUACGCUGUAUGAGUCGUGCAACAACCAGAUUGCCGACGCUCUCGAUGCUUACGGCCGGGCUGCGGAUCUCGACCCAUCCAACGUUCACAUCAAGGCUCGUCUGCAACUUCUCCAGAGCCAGCUGUCUGGCUCUGCUCAGCAGAACAACGCCCCAGCUCCUCAGCCACAGGAUGUUCACCCUCAGGCUUAUCAGGCGCCCGGCGUCGGGGCUCCCCCUGCUCCUCAGUGGGGUGGUCCUGCCCCCGCUGCGGCCCCUGCUCCCGUCGGUCCUCCGCCUCAGGCCCCCGCUCCUCCUCGCCAGAUUGACUGGAAUCGCGGUGCCAAUGAUCUACACCCGCAACAGGCUACGACCCUGCCGCCUGCCAACGGCGUUGAUCAGCGCGAUGUCCUGCGUCCCGCUGGUGCUCCCCAGGCCAGCCCUCGCCAGGAGCCUGGUCGGGCAUUCCCUGAUCCCGCUCGUGCUGGCGCACCUCCUCGCUCGCCCAAGCUGGCUGGUCCAAAUGCCUAUCCCCCUCCGCCUCACACCCUGCCCCAGCUCGGAAACGCACCGGGCUCUGCUCAUGAGCGUGCCCCCAGCGGCGGUAAUGGACCCUUUGGCUCUGCUACUCGUGGACCUCUUCCUCCCGCACCCACUGGUGCUCCCGCUCCCGGAGCUCCUAACGGCGGUGCUGCUCCUGGUGCUCCUGCUCCUCCCUACGGACAUCGCCCCUUCACUCCUCCCACCGAGAUUCGCCCUAUCCGCGAUGAGCGUCCCUCCUCUCCUGGCUCGGGCUACCCUCACCAGCAGUACCACCACGGCCCGCUCGCCCCCACUCCUGGCGGUAGUACCACUGGUAUCGCCUCCGGUGCUCCUGCCCCUGCAUCAGCUGCGACUGCUGCUGAGGCCGCUGCUCUUGAGCGUGGCGAGGACCGUCCCCCGUCUGCCAUGAAGCGUGCACGUGAUUGGGAGGCCGAGGCCGGCCCCGUCAAGAAGCAGGCCAGUGAUGAGACCCGGGCCCGCUUGGAUGACCAGAACAGCCGUCGUCCGAGUCCCCCCGCUCGUCUGCCUUCUCCUGGCCAGAUGCAGCGACGCAGUUCUUCCGAGGCUCGCCGCGAGGAUGCUCGCCGUGCCAAUGAGAACUACCACCCGUCGGAGGCGGCUCACCACCCUCCCACCCUGCCUUCCAUUCAAAACAUGCCUCCUCACGCCGCUGGUGGGCCCAGCCUUCCCCCCAUGUCCGAGGGCGCUGCUCCUCCUCCUCCGAAUGGCCCUCCCUCGGGUCCUCCUUCAGCCCACACCCCGGUCAAGGAGGAGGCUCCUCGCCCGGAGGCCCCCUCUUCGCUCGAGCCCGCGGCUCGCAAGAUGGAUGUCGAUGAGGAUUACGAUGACGAUGGAGACGACGAGAAGAAGGCCAGUGCUGCUGUCAAGGGCAGCCCCAACGGCAGCGCUGCGGGUACUGCGACCAACGGCAACGGAGUCAGCAACGGUCGCCAAGGCACCCCCUCAAAGACUGAGACUUCUUAA